AUGCCCUUCGUCCAAGCAAACAGCCAUCGCCUCAAUUACGCAGACUCCCACCCUGCAGGCCCGCCAACCCCAACCGGUUUAACAUUCAUCUUCAUCCACGGCCUCGGCUCAUCCCAAAACUACUAUUACCCCGUAAUCCCACACCUAACCAACUCCCACCGCUGCAUCACAAUCGACACAUACGGCGCCGCCCGCUCCCCCUAUACAAAUGACGAAGUCUCAAUCCCGCACAUCGCCGAAGAUGUCAUUGGUGUGCUAGAUGCCCUGGGAGUGCGCAAAGCCAUCGCCGUGGGCCACUCAAUGGGCGGUCUGGUGGUCACCGAGCUUGGCGCGCGGUAUCCGGAUCGCAUGCAGGGCGUUGUCGCUAUUGGACCCACGCAUCCGUCGGAUAUGCUCGUCACCGUCAUGAGUAAAAGAUCGGAGACUGUUCUUGAAUCCGGAAUGGAAUCAAUGGCAAAUACUAUUCCGUUUGGAGCUGUAGGCUCGCGCAGCACGCCCCUUCAAAAGGCGUUUAUUCGAGAGUUGAUCUCGGGUCAGGAUCCGAAGGGGUAUGCGGCGCUUUGUCGCGCCAUUGCUACUGCAAAGCCGGCGGAUUAUGCUGCUGUCAAGGCGCCUUUCUUGCUUAUUGCGGGCGAGGAGGAUAAGUCGGCUUCUAUGGAGGGGUGUCAGCAUAUCUUUGAUCAUGUCUCUAGUGAGAAGAAGUCUUUGGAGGUUCUCAAGGGGGUGGGUCAUUGGCAUUGUAUUGAGGCUGCAGAUGAGGUUGGAGCGUUGAUUGCUAAGUUUGCC